AUGCGCCGUGCCAAUGGCGACUAUGUGUGGGUGCACGCGGAAGGCAUUGCGCUGCUGGGCGCAGAAGGGCGCACGUUGCGCUUUAUCUGCUCGUUCAUCGACAUCAGCGAUGCCAAGCAGCUUGAAUCGCAGAUGACAGAUCAGGUCAACCAGAAGCGGCUGGCCGAACAGGUGCUCUCGAUAGAGCGUGACCGCCUGCAACUGCUGGUGCGCACGACCAAGGCGGGCUUCAGCGACUGGGAUGCCGCCACCGAGGUCAUGACCUAUUCAGACCGCUACCUUGAAAUGACGGGCCACCCGGCGGGUACCGACACGUCAGGCUGGCCGACAGUCUUCAUGUUCAUGCAUGACGAUGACCGGGAGCGGGCGCGCGCGCAGUUCCGGGAGAUGGUUGAAUUCACCGGCAAGCCGGGCGACACGAUACCCGCACCGCCCAUGGUGGGCCGACUGCGCACGGCCGACGGCAGUUAUUUGUGGAUACACGCCGAGAGCGUCUCGCAAAUUGGUGAUGACGGCCGCACGCGCCGCAUCAUCACCUCAUACCUCGACAUCACCGUCUUUCGCGAGCAGCAGGAGCUGCUGGCCACCGAGCGACGUCGCCUUGACCUGGUGCCCAAUGUGCCCACGCUGGCUGAAGCCGGUGUCGCUGACGUGAACGUCGGUGCAUGGCAAGGCCUGAUGGGCCCCAAGGGCAUGCCUGCGGAUGUGGUGCGCACGCUCAACGCCAACAUGAACGACAUCCUCAAGAUGUCUGACGUGCAGGCCAAGAUGGUUACCCUGGCCCUGGUGCCUGUGGGCGGCGACCCUGCCACGCUGGGCAAGCUCAAUGCGUUUGACCACAACCGCUACGCCAAGGUCAUCAAGGAGUUCGGCAUCCAGGCUGAAUAA